UUGUUUUUAUUCAAACGCCAAACAACACAACACGUGUUUAUUGGGAAAAGUUGGAUAUUUCCGAAAAAAUAUAAUAAUUUAGUUAAUUAAUAAAAACGAAUCAACAUGGGUCGUACAAAUAAAUCCCGUAAGCGACGCGAAGAAAAUAGCAAAGCCAAAAAGGCUCGCUAUGAAGUCAAGGAAUUGGCCCGGCUAAAGAAAACUCUUGGCAUAAUGGACACAGACGAAGAUAUGAAAGAAAUCGCAGAGGUGGCCACGGUCAAAACUGCCAAAGAAUUGAAAAUGGAAAAGAAAACAAAAGAAGAGGAAGAACUGACCCAUGAACUACAGGAGCAACGUGAAAAAGGUGAAAAUGUCACCGUUGUCAAUGAGAAAACUGGCAAGGUUCAUGUCUACAAUACAAAGACUCUGAAAGAUCAACAUGGUUCCUAUCCACCGUGGUAUAAACCCAAGAAAACAGCCAAACGUAUACGCAAGAUUAAUCAUUCCCGUAUGAAGCGAUUCAAGCAAACAUGGACUGUAACAAAUGUCCCACUCUAAUUUUCUCUGGGGUUUUUCACGACGCCAUUCAUCGUUUUACCAUUAAGCUGUGAAUAGUGAAUUUAGAUUGUAAGUUUAUUUCUUCUAUUCAACACCGUUAAAUGUUUAUGGAUUUUAUAAACGUUAAUUUCCAUAAGGGUUUGAAAUAAUUUUACAAGCAGAAAUCAUCUUGUUAGGCUAAGCUAAUAUAAUUUAUGAAAAAGAAAAAAAUACAAAUAUAAAGAUUUGUAUUUCCAUCCUUUUUAUAAAAUAAGAUAUAACGUAUCUUGAGUAAAUAAAUAUUGAGACAUUAA